AAUGAAUCUGCACCAAAAAAAAUCGACUUUGCGGAAAACUAUUGAUUUUACACAGAACACUGCAUUUCAUGGUGUAAAAUAUAUUACAGAUGGAAAUAAUUUCUUUAGAAAGAACGGGGUUGAUCCUCUAAGAAUAUCUUUCUGUGAUUGCUCUAGAAUAACUAGAACUUUUGAAUUGGGUUUGUAUGAUAAGUUUGCUAAUGAGCAGGGAAACUUAUGUGAAUUCUAUCAAACUGAUAAAGAUGAUUUUGACUGGGUAAAGCAAAUUGGACCAACUGGUACAUUUGACACAGGUCCAAUUGAAGAUCACACAACGGGUAGAGGCUAUUACAUCUAUGUUGAAGCUACAAACAGGGAACGAGGGGAAGUUAGGUUAGAUACUAUCCAAAUCCACUUUUGA